UUUCUCGCAAACCCAUCUGUCCCUCUCGUUCUCCAAUCGUCUUCUUAUCAUAAAUUCUUCCCUCCAAAAUCGUCAAAACUUGUCUUCAAAAUAUAGAACAUCAAAGCUCGAAAUCCAAAAAAAAUAUAAUCUCUUCAGUUCACUCAUUAUCCAGAUUUGAUCUUUACCUCCUUUCUCCUCUCUGCUCUUGGAAUUCACAAUGGAGAAAUCGGCCCAUUGGCACGGCCGGAAGAAGCCAUCCUUCUCCUCUUCCCUACUCGACUCUAUCUACCGCUCUAUCGACGACUCCAACGGCGGAUCACCGGGCCCUGCCCUCUCCUCCACCUCAAAAAGACAGAUCCCUUCCAUCGACAAAAAAUGGAUCCCAACACCUCAACCUCCGGCGAAUCUCCGCCGCCACUUUUCCACCUCGAGCUCCUCCGACUGCUCCAGCUUCGGCGGCUUCUCCUCCUCCGACGCAGACUCCACUGCUCGCACUUGCCCCGCUCUUACCCGAUGCGAUCGCUUAUGCUCGGAUCCGCCACCAGAAAGAAAGAGGCAAGGCUCGAUCCGUAGCCGGAUCCGCGAUCUGCGGAAUCUGAGGACCCCGGCAUCGCCGCGAGCCCGCCUCGCCGCUUUCCUGAACGCGAUAUUUGCCAGCGGUGGCCGAAACCCCACAAAGUCGAAGUUCGCCGGAUGCCAGGAAGAAUCGGCGAGAUCGUGCAUUAGCAAGAUUCCUGCGUCCGCGAGAAGCGGAAAGCAGAGAUCGGUUCGGUUCUCGCCGGCGAGCAUCGCCGCCGUCGAUGACGGUCUUGAGAAGCGGCGUUUUGGCGAAGUUCCGAUGGUGACGAGGGAUCGGAAGAUGGUGUUGGAGGAGUUGCUGAGAGGAGUCGAUCUGGAAGUGGAGGAGAGCGAUGGCGAGAGCGUGUCGAGCUCGGAGCUGUUCGAACUUGAGAGCCUUUCCGCCAUCGGACAGUUCAGGGACGAGCUUCCGGUGUACGAGACGACCAAUCUUGCCGCCAAUCGCGCCAUCGCUCAUGGAUUUAUCGUGUAAAUUUAAGUAUUUCGAAAAAUAUGAAAUUUGUAAUUUCUGCUCGAAUAUAUCACUUCCAGUUUGUUAA